CCAUACAAAUGGGGGAUGGGGGGGGGGGGGGCGAGGUGAGAUUUGGAAAAUGUGACGUGAGAAGGCAAGAAAACACUACUGCUAUAGGCACGACUGCGGCUAAAUUUAAGUUCAAGGUACGGUACGGUACGUUUCUGAAAGCAAACACCAUGCAAAUUUGUCAAGCGGACAACUUACCCAGCGCGUGCAGAAGCAGCGCCGCAUCAAAGCGCACCGUAGGGUCUAGGCAACACUACGGAAGCGGUCAUACUUCUAUGCCAGCCGAGGUAGAUUUGCGGCUAUGGCAUUUCUCGAGGCCAGGGGCUUGAUCCCGACCGCGGCAGGCGCAUUUAGGAGAGGGCGAAAUAAAAAAAAAAUGCGCUCGUGCACUUAGAUUUAGGGACACGUCAGAGAAUACCCCGGAGUCAAAAUUAAUUUGGAGCCCACCGCUGCAGCGUGCCUCAUAUUCCGAUUGUAGUUUUCAUAAUUCAAUUAUAGUUUAAUACUUCUGCUUCGAUGAGAUGUGCCAUGUGAGGCAAUGGAAAUGCUAAACUUUCGCAGGGGUCAAAAAGUAUAGCGCACAACAACGCCUCAAGCAAGCACCUCCCCCUGUGUGUUCUGUGUACUACGCACACAAAUAGCAGUGGUGCACGCAAAGUAACGUUUAACACACCACUCUCGUGUUGGACUAAAAGUUUAAGAAAUUAAACAUGCGCCGUCAACAUCACCGCUAAUUAUCGUCAAUCAACGCGAACAGAACAGAAAGCUUUGCUUACACCGAUUACUACAGUGCGUGGGACCCGAGUACUUUUUUCUCUUUCUCUCAUCUUUCUUUUGGCCUCUUCCAGCGUAACGCAGCCAACCAGAGGUGUUACUCGUUAACGUCUCUGCAUUUUCCCUUUCCUUCCUCUUCCUCAGCCAAUGAAAGACUUGGCUGGAAUGUCACGUGACUUGUCUGCAAAGGGUUGAAAGCGCGGCCAUUUGGUAGAGAUCUCCAGCCGGUGCACGCGAAGAGGUAGUUGGCAUCGAGCACCAGCGCCGCGCGCAUAUCGUGGGGGAAACUGAGCACAGCGUGCAAGAAAGGUACGUAUGGCAAGGGAUGUACGUGUGCCUAUUCUAUAAUGUGUGGCUGAUUUUUCACAUGCACGCGCGAAAGGGGCCCCCACACGAAAAAGGCAAGCACUUCGUGCUGCCUUGGCUGGUCGCUAUCUUGCUGUUUUACAAGAGCAUUUUUUUCUUUCUCUCUUUUUUUUCAGUUGCGAGGGCUUGCCUCAGCUGUUCCGUCGUUUUUUUUCGUGACUCUUUUUGCGUGUGCGUGUGUCUGAUCUAAGUCUCUUCACGCUUGCCAACCCCAACAUUCGCGUCCGUACAAUACGUUAACCCAAGCAGACCGUGAAGGUCAUCAUUUAUUUUUAGACUGACUGAAUCGAUGCACUUCUGUUGCGCAGGUCGGGCACGAAAUUGUCAGCGCAAUGAACAGGACAGUGGCCGUCGUCAGCUUCCUCGUGGCCGUCUUCGCGUUGGUGAUAGCGGCCAGCUGCCACUGCACGCUAUGGGAGCGACUGCUAAGCCUAAUAAUUCAGGCGUGCCCACUCGCCUACGGCGUAUUGGACGCAGGCCUCAGGUUCGCUCUGUUCCUGAGGCCGGUAGGCGAACUCGACCUUAGGAGCGCCGGUAGGGCCAACGAACUGCUGAGCUGGGCGGUGCGCUUCGACCUGGACGCGCUCAUUUUUUCUGAAAUGUCCGACCUGCCUGAGUACAUGAUCCCGCACAUUGUCGCCAACAAUAUGAUCAGCAUUCUCGAUGAGUAUGACACUGCCGCCUCGGCACGGGAGGCGGCAACUUUCCGUAGGCGUUUGGCCAUCUCUGGAUUGACGGGCAUCCUGGACCUUCCUGUAGCUGGGGUCAUUGGAUCUGAGCUUCACGCUUGGACUGAUGGCGCGGGGUUCGACGAGGCGCCGCUGACGCACGGCUUUCUCCGGCGGCCGUACAUCGUGAGCAUCGGCAGGCCUCCGACGGCCGCGGCAGACGUGUACGGCUACACGCUGGACUUGAUACGGCGCAUUGACGCCGUCGGCUGCUUGCUGAGGCUGCGCUGCGAGAUGGGGGCCCAACCGACGCACUACCGGAGACACCAGAUCCGCAUGGCACAGUUUCUCAAGCACGUUGGCAGCAUCGCGGGAGUGGAAAGCCCCACGAUGCGUCGGUACGACGCGGCCUUCAAAAUGGGACGACGCCAGUUCCGAGGGAACAGCUCGAUGUGCGCCACAGCUUUCGAGAAGUGCAGCUAAAGCAUGCAGAAGGCGACCGACCGAGAGGGCGCUGACAUCUCGCCAUGGCCAUCGGCGUUGCCUCUGACGCGGUUUCACGGCUUGAACGGCACAGCUUUGUACAUAUGUAAAUAAAC